AUGCUCAAUGGUGAAUAUGUAGAGUGCUUUAGCUCAGAUUCAAUAACUGCUACUGAUCAAGAUCUAGAGUUCCAAGAAUUAUACACUACUGAAUUCUUAAACACCAUCAACUAUUCUGGUCUUCCUCCUUAUAGAUUAGCAUUGAAAGUAGUAUGUCCUAUCAUGCUUGUCAGGAACAUUGAUCAAGCCUCUAGUCUUUGUAAUGGGACAAGACUUCAAACUACUUUCUUUGGUAAACAUUUCAUCAAAGCUAUGGCAUUGAAUGGUAUAAGUAUUGGUCAGGAAGUCCUCAUCUAUCGCAUGGAUAUGAAUCCAUCUGAAACUUAG